AAAGAGAUAAAUAAAUCAUUCACUAGUGAACAAGCUGGUUAACGUUGUAUGUACUUUUCGAAAUGUUAAUCAAAUAUAUUGCAGUAGCAGUAAUUUUAGUAAACUCUAUAUUUUCUGAACCAGUCGACGUAGAUAAAUAUCUGCCUAAAGAAUGGAGAGGUAUGGUCAAAAAUGUUAAGGUCCAUUCGGAUAUUGGGAUGACUAUUUAUGACUUUUUAAGAAGGUACAACUAUCAUUACGAAAACCAUUGGAUAUCCACAGAAGAUGGCUACAAACUUCUUUUGCAUCGGAUUCCUUAUGGACAGAAUCAAAGUGUUCCCGAUACGAAACCUAGACCUGUUGUUCUUAUUAUGCAUGGGCUUGGAGCAAGUUCCUUGAACUGGAUCAUCAAAGGACCAAACGAUGCUUUGGGACUAGCGUUGGCUGAUCAGGGAUAUGACGUGUGGUUGGGCAACACUAGGGGCAAUCGUUAUUCCAGAAAUCACGAACGAUUGAAUCCAGAUAUUGAUACUACUGAAUUUUGGGAUUUUAGUUUUGAGCUUACUGGGAGAUAUGACGUAGCAGCCAAAAUCGACUAUAUACUUAAACAAACGGGCCAACAAAAACUUUUUUAUAUAGGACACUCUCAGGGUACGAGUCAGUUUUUCGCAUUAACAUCUUUAAGACCAGAAUAUAACGACAAAGUAGCGUUGAUGACAGCUUUAGCGCCCAUAGCUUACUUGGAACAUUUGAGUUCACCUAUUUUGAGACUCGCGGCUGACAAUAUGGCUUUAUUGCAGACACUUGUUAAUAUUUUUAAUAUUCAUGAAUUUAGUCAAAGUCCACUUACAAACACCUUAGUAGGUUUGGUAUGUGCUAAAGAAUCUCCUCUUAAAGAUAUAUGUUCCACGUAUACAUUUUUAACAUCCGGAUUUGAUCAUCAAGAAUUUGACGAGGGCUUUUUACCAUUAUAUUUGUCACACGUCGGAGUCGGCAUGUCAAUUAAUAUGUUACUGCACUUUGGACAAGAAAUUAAAUCACAUCAUUUUAGAAGAUACGAUUAUGGCAGAGAAAAAAACUUAAAAAUAUACCAUACCGCAGCGCCUCCUGAUUUUAAUUUAUCUGCAGUUACAGCUCCAGUUGCUCUAUAUUAUGCUAAAAAUGAUUUUCUAUCAUCAGUAAAGGAUGUAGAGAGAUUAAUAAGCGAGUUACCAAAUGUUAACAAGACACGUCUCAUCGAAAACAGAAGAUGGAAUCAUAUUGAUUUCAUUGUUGCCAACGAUGUACAUGACGUAAUUAACAAAGAUAUAAUUGCCCAUCUACAGACAUUUAUUGAUGAUGGAGCUUUAGAUCCAACUACAAGUGAACCUAUGAGUUCCACAACAGAGAGAACCAAAGGUAGUUCAGAUAGAAUUAUUAGUCAAAGUGUAUAUACAUUAAUUAUGACUGUUAUGUUGGUAUUAUAUUAUUAAUAAAUGUUUGUGGUAUUUUUAA